AUCAUUGAGGCGUUUCUUGUGUGACAAGUUUCCAUAUAUUUUAUUUUCCGUAGAAUCAUUAUUUUUUUUCCCCUUAACGUAAAAAGAGAAGAAAUGGCAACGGAGGUAGAGGGACAAGUGAUCGGCUGCCACACCAUUGAGGCCUGGAAUGAACAGAUUGCGAAGGGGAAUGAUUCCAAGAGUUUGAUAGUUGUAGAUUUCACUGCUUCAUGGUGUGGACCUUGUCGUUUCAUUGCUCCAUUCUUUGCAGAGCUGGCUAAGAAAUUGCCCACCGUUACCUUUUUGAAGGUGGAUGUGGACGAGUUGAAGUCGGUUGCUACUGAUUGGGCAGUAGAGGCGAUGCCAACCUUUAUGUUUCUCAAAGAAGGUAAGAUUGUGGACAAGGUUGUUGGGGCCAAGAAAGAAGAACUGCAGCAGGCUAUUGCUAAACACAUAAAAACUGCAUAAUGUCUAUCUUAUAACCAGUAGGCUAUAAACCUAUAUUAUGUUUUUAAUUUGUCUUCUUUAGACCAAAGUUUUAACCAAGUCUUCUACUCUUGGUUUGAAUAAAUAUUGAAGUACUAUAUAGCUUGCCUCUCUACCAGUUUUGCUGUUUC